CACUAAAAAGGAUUUGUGGGAUUAUACCAAGGGGAAAUAUAUUAUUCCUGAAGCUGCGUACCAUUGGGCUAUGGUAACAAUUCGAGAUGCUUGGAGAAGACAUAGAAGUGAUUUGAAGCUUAAUUAUUACGAUUAAUAUGAAAAUGAUGCAGUUCGAAUGGCAAAAAAGCCUGGUCAUAUUCCAGAAUGUCAAUUUAGAGAGCUACUCAAAUAUUGGAAUUCUGAAAAAUUCAAGAAAAUGUCUGAAACAAAUGCAAAGAAUCGAAAAAAACUGAUGAAUCCACACACUGUUGGCAAAAAGAGUUUCGCUUUAGUUCGUAAUAAGCUGGAGAAAGAUAAGGAGACAGUAUCAUCUAAGGAUAUCUUUGUGGUUACAAGAACAAGAAAACCUGGGCGAUCGUACAAGGGCUCAAAUGAAGAUACUACUAGUAAAAUUGCUGAAAUGGAGCAAAUUGAAAAACAAAUAAGCAUAAAUGGUGAGUAUGUUGAUGCAUUUUCAAGCGUCAUGGGUCCUGAACAUCCGGGACGUCUAAGACUAUAUGGCGCAGGAGUUACAAAGACUACUUUGAAAAAAAAAGUUGGCAAUUGGGAAUCAACUUUAAGUGCAACAACUGAUGGAAUGCAUGAAAUGCAAGAGAGGAUGCAGAAAAUGGAGAAACAAAAGAAAAUUGUGCGACAAGAAGUUAUUGCAGAUGUUAUUGCACAACUUAAGCAUGCGAGAUUAAUUGAUCCUAACAUAUUGGCAGCAUUGUCGACUCCUUCACCAAGAGAAUCUACUUCUGUUCAAGGGGAUAAACAAGGUGACGAAAUCGAAGAAGGCAAUGAAAGCAAUAGUGAAGACUUGACAUAGGAGCUGAAGUAUAUAUUGAUGUAAACUUUAUUGAUGUUCUAGAAAUCA